AUGCGAUCUGCCGUUGUCUUGCGCGUGGCCCUGAGCCUAUUGGCCGUGGACUCUGUGGUUGCAGGCCCAUGCAGGCCGACCUCUGCCGUCAGCUCGACCGCUUCCGUCGAUACAUCGUCAGCCACGUCUGUUGAGUCGGCCACCUCGGUGACAUCGGCCUCUUCCUCUGCGACAAGCAAGGCUUCGGCCGAGACGUCUGCAUCUUCCACUGCUACCGAGACGUCGGCGUCCUUGACUGAGACCACUGCUUUCACAACCACCACUGCUGCCUCGACUACCGUAUCAACCUCAACAGCGGCCGCUCCCACCUUCACCCUGGCUGCAGCCGGCCAGGGUCCCGUCGAGGGCAAGAAACUCCUAUCCUACAACGCCGAUGGCAACCUGGUGACCUUCGACUCCCCCAACCCCCUCAAAGUCCCAACAGCUCGGCCCUAUAGCAUCGAUGCCCAGGGGAGGAUUCUCAACGACCAGGGCUUCUACCUCUGCGCACACUACAAGCCAGAUAAUGACUUCCUGGACGCUCCUGCAUACAUCACGACUUGCCUCAAUGACAACCUGCCGAAUUCGGUUUAUCUGACUUGUAGGGUAGAUGGCAGCGAGCUCAAGUGCUCCAUCCCAGCCGUCACUUGCACCGACAGCGGGAGCCCAUGGAUUAGUCCAGCUUGUGUGUCGGCUGACGGCGAAUGGGGAAGCUUCUAUACAUACAUUAUGGGACCUGGUUAUGUCCUGCUUAGAGUAUGUUGCAAGCCUGGCACAAGGUUCCAACGGAACGAGUUCUUGAAAUGUGACGAUUACUUCUUGUAUCUAUAG